AUGGGCAGUGGAUGCAGAGUUACUAUUUCAUCAUUGAUUGUAGCAAUCCAAUCAUGUGGUCAACACUUGAUUUCGUUGACUUUUCAUCCAUUUGAUACGUUUGCAGUUCCAAGUGACGAAAUCAUGAGAUUGAUUUGCCAAUCAUGUCCACAUUUGAAAAACUUAAGUUUUGCACACUCAGAAGAGAUCUCAACUUACUGGGUCAUGGAAGUUCUCAAAAGAUUGAAUUUGGAAAGUAUAACACUCAUGCGAUAA